AUGGACUGGAGACUCCUCCCCAUCCUUCUCCUCGCAGCUCCGUCCGCCAUCCCACCCACUCACAUCUAUACCGCAUUGAACGGUCGCCCGAGAUAUCUCGACAGUUUCCUAUUCUGUUUGGGCAUGCAGACUCCUCUGUCGCCGAACACGCUGAACGCGGGAGAGUAUCCGGCCUGCGCAGCCUUGACCAACGGCCACGUCUUUCGGGUUGAGAAUCAGGCAACCGUCAUGUAUCUGCAGAGGCUGGCUCGUACAGGACACCUCCUCACUCUUGAGGUAGGCUAUGGCUCGCCGCAACGGGAGAACCGGCCACUAGUGUAUGCUCCAGCAAGCGCACUCCUGAGUUCACUCAUAUUCCAUGGCACGAUCGACCCAUAUGUCCUCAUAACAAUUCUCAUCCUGCUAUCCUCCCGCCUUCUUUCCAUCGCAAGCCUUCGCGCUAGGACGGCGCCGUCAUGGCACGGCGCCUCAGAACCUGGUGUGCAAGGAGACCUGCUCGUUCUUCUUGCUGAAGAUGGCUGGAUCCGUCUCAAGGGCGCGGUUGACGACCUCAAGGCCGUGACGUCGGGCAGUUGGUUGAGCCGCCGGCCGCAUAAUCCACGGCUGGCCGACGCCAUGGACUGGACUGCCCGGCUGCUCGUCUACUUUUCCAUCGUGGUACUGGCGAAUGCGAGCGAUCAAGGGAAGAUGGGAUUGGCCGUAUCUAUCUUGCUGGGGCACGCAUCCUUGGCUCUGGUGAAUGCCCGGACUGAGCAACUGGCCAUGAAUGAUCGAAUAAUAAAGGUCUCACAGCUGCCCGGGAGCGUUAAGAAAUAUUCUCGUCGGCUGGAGAUGGCGGAAGACCUGGUCAAGGAGGUGGGCAGGAGCGAUUUUGCUGUCAGGCUUGGGAUUAUCAAGCCAGACACGGACAGACAGGGACAAGGGGCUCCAGACAACGAGGUCGUCACGAUGUAG